AUGGAGGACUUAUUGGACGGAAGAAAAGAAAAAACUUAAAACAUUACUUCAUAAGAAUAGAAAAAUGAAUAUUUUAUGAAGUUGAAUCAUUUCAUUGGCAGGGAAGAAUUCGAAAAUUUAAACAGACAUUAAAAAAUUUAAACAUUAUUAUAAUAUAAUAUGUUUAAAAAAGAAUACUUGUUGAGCGUAAUAGAUUAAAAAGAUGAUAUGAAAAUAACUAGCUACGCAGAAGUUUAUUUUCUAGGUUUAAAUAUCAUCCAACAAAAUAUCAACAAAUUCGAAAGCAUAAAUAGAGUUAAUAUUCUAUAAAAAAUGAUACUCCAAGACAUUGUUAAUUUCUAAGUCCAACUAGGAAAUAUUGUUUCUAAGGUAAAUUUCAAAAAUUUAGAAUAAAAUGGAAUUAUAGAAUAGAUUUAAUAAAUGAUUCCUUUGAUUGAAUCAGAGCAUGAUGUAAAAGAUUGCGAUGUUUCUUAUUUAAUUUAGAAAUUUUAAAGAGAAGUAGGAUUAUUCUUCGAUUUCAGCAAACAGAAUGAAUAAACAUAUAUAUAUCCUGUAAUCGUUCCAUAUUUACGUUUCGGCGAUUACCAAUUUAAUUAAUAACAUUAGAAUACUUCUCAAACUAUUUAUAAAAUAUUUUAAUUUCUAUCUUUUAAUGUUAGUGGCUCUACUGAUAAGAAAAUCUAUAGAUAAGGCGGUAUUAUAUCUGAUGAUAAAAUUUUACUUUAGAAUAAACUUGAAAAUAGUCAUUUAAUGAUGCCAUAUACAAUUAAAGUUUGUCCAGGGGGUUUAAUUUAUAAUUCAUUUUGGAAAAAUGUACUAUAAGACCCAUAUGGUAACAUACAAAGUCUGUAACUGCAAAUGGCUUAUUAUUUCUGCAGAAUAAUUGAUCAUGAAAAAAGAAUAAAAGAAGGUAAUUUGUAUAAUUCUGAGCAAUAAAGAUUAUUCCAGAAUUAUUUAUUCCAAGAGUAGGCAAAGUUUUAUAUUUACUAAUGCAAGUAUAUAAACUAAGAAUUUUUAAUUUCUAUUUCUUUCAUUAUAGAAAGAUUCUUCUUAGAUAGAAUUUAAAUUUAAAAUGAUGUAAAAUUAGUAAAAUAAAACUAUUUCAAAUUCAAGAGAUCAUCAUUGUUCGAAUGUAUAGAUAAAGUUCAAAGAGUUAAUAAUUAAGUUAAAAUUAAUAUUUUCACAUUUUAAGAAAGAUAAAAUAAUCUGUUAUAAAUUAAGACAAAAUAAAUUUAAAUGGAAAAUAAAUGUUCGAAAUCAUAAAUUGGAAGAUUUGAUUUAAUUUUGUAAGGGAAUAUAGAACCGCAUGAAAAAUUUUAAGAAGAUGAAUAAUUAAUAUUUUCAAAAGAAGAUAGAUUUCAAUACUAUAAGUUUUAUGACAGAAAUUUAGGAAGAAAAGAAAAUAUUGGAAAAGAAAAAGUAGAAAUUCGAAAGGCUUCCAAAAAAAAAAGAUACAAUUUGAAAAAAAUGAGCAAAAAUAAUUAAAUAUAAAUUUAAUUUUCAGCUGAAGAAGAGAUUUAGGAAUAAAACAUAUUUGAUUAAUAAGGACUGAAACUUAUCGAUGAAUUAUUAAAUUUAAACAGUGAAAAUUAAUAAUUAGGAAAUGAAAUUUAAAUUGAUCUUGAUGAAAAUAAUCUCGAUGAAAAUAAAUCCGAUAAAAUUAAUAUCAAUGGUUCGAGCGGCUAAAAACAGAAAAAGACUGAAUUGAAUAAAAAGAGAAAGAAUCAGGCUUCAAAGAAUGAAAAGAAUUCUGAAAAACUCAAAAAGAAAUAAAAAAAAGAGUAAGAAAACUAAAAUGAAGAAGAAGAGUAAAAUUAAAAUUAAAUUUAAUAUUAAGGUUAAGAUCAAUAAGAAAAUAUGAUUUAAAAUGAUACGAUGGGAUCUUAUGUAUUUUCUUAAGAUAGAAUACAAACUUAAAAUAAUAUUAAUUACAAUAGCUUCAUUUCUAGUACAACUUUCAACUAAUAAAAUCUUUAUGGGUAAACUCAACAAUACGCCCCUCCACCUUAACAAUAUAACAUAUAUAAUCAAGUUUAAUUCUAGCCUGCUCCGUAUUAGAAUAUUAUAUAUUAUUAAUAUCCUAUAGCCAUAUAGUAAAUUCAACCGUAAUAUAUUACAUAUAAUUAAGCUCCAGGGUAGUAAGCUUAUUAUUAUGUUCCGCAUUAUAUUUACUAAAACGUAUAUUAGUAGAACUUCUAAGCAUAGAAUUUACAAUUAUCCGGCAUCAAUAACAACAUCUUCAACCAAAACAGAUAAUGA